GGGUGAGUUGUAAUCCCUAAAGGAUGGGUCAGGUGGAGGUCUAGACUUGUUUGAUGAAGAUCACUGGAAUUCUAUACCAACAGAUCAAAUAAGUGACAAGUUUGCUCAAUACAGAAAGCUAACGACCACCAAGAUCCAGGAUUUAGAAGAGCAGCUUCAGUUGACCACAGCCAAAACUAAACGUAAGGUGGCCACACUCAAGGACCAGUUUCAACAACACAAGACCAAAUGGGAUGCUGAAAGAAAGGUUUUAAUAGAGCAGGUGGACCAGACUCUCAGGCUACAGAAAGAUGCAGAGAAGGAGGCUGAUGCUGCACUGAAUCAACUGGAAGAAUUCAUCACUGAGCAAGAAAAAAUUGAAUAUGAAGAAGAAAGCAAGCGUAAAGACAUACAGACUGGUGCCAGCCUGCAGGACAGUGCCAGUCCUGUCCAGAUGACCACUGUCCAGACACCAGGCUCCCCCAAGACAUCCUCCAGCACCACCUUGAACCCUGACUCUGAGCAAGAGCUCCUGAGGCUGAUGCAACAGACAGAUGAUGCCAAGGUGCGAGAGAUGAACGCCCGGCUAGGCACAUGUGUGUCUGCCCCCCCUACUCUUGAUGUGGACUCUCCCAAUGCUCUCAAAUCUCAGCAGGUCAAUUCAUCUGAGCAGGACACAUCAGCACAGGGUUCAUUCACUGAGCUUCCAUUGUUGAAUAUUUCUGAGCAGACUUAUGACAACUCUGCUUCACCUGGAUUAAUUAAUCUUCCUGAGCCUGUUCUAGAAUCUGUAGUUGAAAGUAUGGACCAGCCAGCAACAGAACUUGUUGACCUUGACCCUGCCACAUUGGCAGUAAAGUCUGACAGUACAGAUGUAUUAGCCAGAGAAAAUUCACCUGAAGACAAACAUGAAGCACUAGGUUCACAGUUAAGUCACAGUAAAGAUAAUUCUGCUGUAAGCUUUAGUCCCGUCAAAGACAGGAGAGAAUCUUUGAAGAUAGUUGAUAAAGAGAGCAUUGACAGGGACUCAACUCUGGGUGAAUUUGACCCUCUGAGGGACACAGUUUCAGAUAUGUCUGACCGUACUCCAUCCUUGGACUCUGUGAAACAAACAUCCGCUGGCGGCCACACAGGGAAGCUAAGGGCCAGACUGGCUAAGUCCCUGUCAUCUGUGGAAGUUUCUAAAGUGGAUGGCACAACAGAGGAGGAAAUUAGGGCAUCUUCAGCACAGAGCAGGGCAUCACUCAGGCACCAGUACAAGGUGAAACUAGGAGAGGCCAAACUUGCAGCAGAAGAUCGCAGGUCCAAAUCACCAGCCAUCCAGCUGACUACACAGAUCACCAUUGAUGAUGACCUGAUACUUGAAGAGGAAGAGGAUGAUGAAUUUGGUGACUCAUCAGUGAUUGACACAAGCACCUCACCCCUACCAGAACACAAAAGUGUAUCCCGUCUAUCCAGCCUACCCAACCAAGAAUCCAAGGAUCCAUCCGGCAUCCAGAAACUUCUCUCUGCCCAGAGAGUCCAGAAGAUAAUUACGAAAGGUAUCUCACUACUAGAACACCCCCUGUUGAAAGAGUACCUCAAGGUCUAUGAUGGUGUCCUAGGCUUUAAAGAUGCUGUGGGGAAAAUUUUCCUAGAUAAAGAUUAUAUGUCAGCUCACCAGAUGAUGUCUGACCUUGAGGCUGUGACCUUUGACCGAACUAAAAAAGCCAUGCCACAGAUAGAGGAACUCACUCAAAAUGUUCUCUAUGUUUUGGAGGAAGUUAGCUCCCUUGUAAACAGUGUACUUGUGUUUGAGAGGGAGCCCCCUGUUUCAGCACUGAAUGCCUUCUCAAGGGAGACAACCCAGCAACCACCAAAUGAAUUUUCCCAGGACCAGGAGUUGUCCCCCUCCCUGCCCAAAGACAGCUCAGUUGUCUCCCUGCAGACCAGCAACUUGUCAGACCAGCUCCACAUCAAGGAGCUUCAGGACCAGUACAUGCAGCUGCAACAACAGCUUGAAGAGGAUCGCAGAAAUCAUCAGGAACAGAUACAGCACAACACUGUGGUCAUGAUGGAGAUGCAGGAAACAAUAAAUGAUCUUCAGAGAGAGUUGUCUUCCCUUGAAAAGUCUCCCAUGAGAACUAAGUCUGCCUUGUCUAAUGGCAGAGGGGCUAAUGUGUACCACAAGUCUCCAUCUCCUGAAGCCUCUGUCAUGUUCACCAGACUUGACUCUGAGAGAAAUGCCAAGAUCAUGAAGAAGGCUGUCAUGACUGAUAAACUGGACCCUGAGAAAUACAAGGAAGCCGUUUCUCGUAUGGAUGAAUAUGUAAGCCUUCCAGCUCAGCGAUUUGUACAUCUUGUACAAAAAUAUGUCCAUCAUAUGAGAAUGAAAGAAAUUGAAGAGAAAGUCAAGAACAGCAGCAGCAUAGAUGGUGAGGUCUAUCAAGUCCUCAACAAGAUGGAGAAUUUACAGAACAAGAGAGCCAAGCAGUGGGCCAAGAAGAUGGAUGAGAUGGGACUAGAGAGGCUCAAGCUGGCCAACCUGCUGAUGGACACACUGGACAACAUUGAGCAGGAGUCUGGUCUCUUCCUCAUCAAGCCCAUGUACUCGUACCACGCCAGAGAAGCGAGGCCUGUCUAUGGCAGGAAAAGGACAGUUGCCACAAAGCUGCGUCAAAGUGUCGUCCAAACAAAAGAUACGGGCGGCUCAUUUAUACCUGCACCAACCCCAGCCAACAACUUUAGGCACAUCCGUCAUGACCAUCUUCAACAGUUGGUUGCGACAUCCUCUGACAAAAGAGUUCCUGACCCUGUUUAUGACAACAGACAGGUCAAGGUCACUGGCAAUGGAAUGACAUCUUCACUGAGCUCUGCUAAAGGGAUGUGGAACAUGCAAGCAUCACACUCCUGGAAUUAUAAAGAUGACAUAAUUAAUUCCCUCAACACACCCAGAAUCCUAGAACUUGACAUCAACAGAAUGUUAAUUGGUCAAAAUAACAUAAGCACCAAAGUACCAUUUCCCCAAAGUGAAGACAGACUGGUCAACGCCCACCAGAACACCCUGCGGUCCUAUGUAACAGUCAACAGACCCACAGCCCCCCUGGGUGGGGACACAACAGAAAGACGGCCAUCUUCAGGGCGAGACUCAGCCAGUUCUGGGGGCUCGUCAAAGUCCAGUAAAAGAGUGGUCAUCUCUGAGGUGGACCGGGAGAUCCCAGCGGCCAUGCCAGCAGCUGCCCCACUCCCUCCCAUAGCGCCAGUCUCUGGUCCCAGAGAGGACUCGCAGGAUUCCCUCGGCAGCAGUACAGAACCCCCUCGCAGUCCAGCUGGGUCGUCCCUACACCCAUCAGCCCAUGACCCCCACUCCAGACAGUCAGGACGCUACUCCACACCAACAGACACAGACAACGAGAUGUGAUUCUCAUCCAAGGGAUUUAACCCCAGCCUGUCUGCUCGCCUCCCCUGGCUAUAGGUGUCAGAUGGUAGUCAAAACUUGUCAUAGAUUUCAAGAUUAGCAACUCUUAAAACCCAUGUCAAAAUGUCUUGUGUACAAAAAUAUUUUUGUCUGGUGGCAAAACUGCUGAAGGUGACUGUUUUUAGAACUACUAGUGAUACAAAUUUUUACCAUAGGGACUACUGGUGAUACAAUGUUUACCACAGGAAUUACUGGUGAUACAAUGUUUACCACAGGAAUUACUGGUGAUACAAUGUUUGCCACAGGUGAUAUGAUGUUUACCAUUACAUGAACCUCAUUUCUUUAGUUUACACAUCUCUGUGAUACAAAACUUUUACUUGCCAAUAAAUAUUGAUUUUAUCAACU